ACAAAAAAUGAGCUCGCCUAAUCAGAGUGGAAAGAAAGAAAAACCCAAUAUCAUUACGCACCAACCACUCCAUUUGUCCACUCCUCCUCCUCCUCAUCAUCAUCACCUGCUCUCUCUGGUGACCGUGUGAGUUAUCAUGAAAUCAUAUCUACUGCUUCUCUUCACAAUCUGUACGUUUCUGCUGUAUUCAUCAGCUGAAUGGGAUGACAAUCUCACCUAUGUGUGGCCUUUGCCGGCGAAAUUCAGUUCUGGAAAUAGCACUCUCUCCGUUGACCCGGAACUGUCGCUAGUUCUUGGUGGCAAAGGAGGGGAUUCGAGUAUUAUUAAAGAUGGGUUUGGUAGAUAUAAAAAGAUUAUAUUCAAGCACAGCAGUAAGAGUUACUCUGUUAAUAAAAGAUUGGUUUUUGAUAUUGGGGUUUUGAAGAUUGUUGUUCUUUCUGAUAAUGAGGAGCUUCAACUUGGAGUGGACGAGAGUUAUUUGUUGCUUGUGGAAAAGAGAAAUGGGCAGUCUAUUAUCGGGGAAGCGUAUAUUGAGGCAAAUACUGUGUAUGGUGCAUUGCGAGGGUUGGAGACGUUCAGCCAACUUUGUGCAUUUGAUUAUGAAACUAAAGCAGUGCAAAUAUACAGAGCCCCAUGGUACAUUCUAGACAAACCGAGAUUUGCAUACCGUGGGCUUUUGCUUGACACAUCAAGGCACUACCUACCAAUUGGUGUCAUUAAGCAGAUAAUCGAAUCAAUGUCAUAUGCUAAACUUAAUGUCCUCCAUUGGCACAUUAUAGAUGAGGAGUCAUUUCCUUUAGAAGUACCUUCCUAUCCAAAUUUAUGGAAAGGUUCAUAUACAAAAUGGGAACGAUACACAGUUGAAGAUGCAUAUGAAAUUGUGAACUUUGCCAAAAUGAGAGGUAUCAAUGUCAUGGCUGAAAUAGACGUUCCUGGGCAUGCAGAGUCAUGGGGAACUGGAUAUCCUGACCUUUGGCCUUCUCCUUCCUGUAGAGAGCCACUUGAUGUUGCAAAAAAUUUUACUUUUGACGUGAUCUCUGGCAUCAUGACAGACUUGAGAAAAAUUUUCCCCUUCGGGCUCUUUCACUUGGGCGGUGAUGAGGUUAACACAGAUUGCUGGAAAUCUACAUCGCAUGUGAAACAAUGGCUUCUUGAUCACAACAUGACAACCAAGGAUGCAUAUCAAUAUUUUGUAUUGAGAGCUCAAGAAAUAGCAAUUUCAAAAGGUUGGACCCCGGUCAACUGGGAAGAAACAUUCAAUACAUUUGCAUCAAACCUUAAUCCAAGGACUAUAGUGCAUAACUGGUUGGGUGGUGGGGUUUGUGCAAAGGCUGUUGCAAAAGGUUUCAGAUGCAUUUUCAGCAAUCAGGGAUUUUGGUAUCUGGACCAUCUAGAUGUCCCUUGGUAUGAAGUUUACAAAGCCGAGCCACUUGAAGGAAUAAAUGAUACUUCUAUGCAAGAGCUAGUGCUUGGAGGAGAAGUUUGCAUGUGGUCUGAGACAGCUGAUACCUCAGUUGUUCAGCAAACAAUAUGGCCUCGGGCAGCAGCAGCAGCAGAGCGCUUGUGGAGCAACAGAGAGACCAUAUCCUCAGGAAAUAUUACCUUAACUGCAUUACCUCGCUUGCAUUACUUCAGAUGCCUAUUGAAUAGCCGUGGAGUUCAGGCUGCUCCUGUCACAAACUACUAUGCGAGACAACCUCCAAGGGGUCCAGGGCCUUGCUAUGAUCAAUAAUUAUAUUCUUCUCAUAUUAGGUAAUUUCACAUGUCUUGAAGCUUCAUUUCCGAGUUUUUGUACAUAAACACAAUGAUUUCAGCUGUCUGGUUUCUUCUAGUGUUUGCAUAAUAAGUUAAGAGGGGUUAAUUUGAUGUGGUAUGUUGAUGGAUCACUUGCAUGAAAAAGUUAAAAUCACUUGAGUUUGUGAGAUGAAACGAAUCUCAUGUUAAGGCCAUCAUACUGUGGCCAUGUUGUUAUAGUUUACCAUUUGGAUUUAUGAAUUUGAUCAAGUUCCUGCAGUUUUUUUACA